GUGCAACCCCAGCCGCCCGCUUAUACUCGGCAAUCGUCGGUCAGCGUCGCUGUCAAUUGGCACGCAGCUCGCUCUCUGUUUGUGCUUCUCUUCAUUCUUUUCCCAAAUAACUAGCCACGACUCUCCAACUCUUCUCUUCAAAAAUUGUAUAUUCUCAUGACAUAACGACGCCAGCCCGCAGUCUCUCCGCAGCAACGCCUACGACGAGACACCAUGAUGCUACGCACGUCCCGCACGCUGGGGCCCAUUGCGCUACUACGGGGGAAGCCAUGCAUGAGAUCAGCAUCGACGGCCGCCGCGUCUUCGAAGCAGUCUACAAUUCUUGAUUCUAUCCUGAUCGCCAAUCGCGGCGAGAUUGCUCUUCGAGUCGGCCGCACAGCUGCACAGCACGGUAUCAAGGUUACGACGCUCUACACAAAUCCCGACAGCAAAGCGCAGCACGCGCUAAGUAGCCCAUACGCCUUUAAUUUGGGCGAUACAUCGGCAUAUCUAGAUGGAGACAAAAUCAUAGAAAUCGCCAAGCGCGAAGGCUGCCAAGGGGUUCACCCUGGAUACGGUUUUUUGAGCGAGAACUCAGAAUUCGCACAGAAAUGUACCAACGCAGGACUUGUUUUUAUUGGCCCGCCAUGGAAGGCGAUCGAGGAUAUGGGUGAUAAAAGCCGAUCCAAAGAAAUUAUGACCGCAGCUGGUGUCCCCUGUGUCCCCGGAUACCAUGGCACGAAUCAGGACCCGCAAUUUCUCGAAGCCGAAGCGGACAAGAUGGAAUACCCCGUCCUGAUCAAGGCGGUUAAGGGUGGCGGUGGAAAGGGCAUGCGAAUUGUCCGAUCUAAGGCAGAGUUCCAGGAUCAAUUGCGUUCGGCGAAGUUCGAGGCACAAAAUUCGUUUGGCAACGAUCACAUGUUGGUGGAGAAAUAUAUCACCACUCCCCGGCAUAUCGAAGUACAGGUUUUCGCAGAUAAGCACGGCAACUGUGUUGCGCUAGGAGAGCGAGAUUGCAGUAUCCAGAGACGACACCAGAAGAUCCUAGAGGAAUCACCCGCACCGCAUCUUCAGGAUGAGAUCCGGAAAGAUAUCUGGGAGAAAGCCAGGUCUGCAGCACUUGCGGUCGGCUACGAAGGAGCUGGAACGGUUGAGUUCAUUUUCGACAACGAUACUGACGAGUUCUACUUUAUGGAAAUGAACACGCGACUACAAGUCGAACACCCUGUGACGGAAAUGGUCACUGGGCAAGACUUGGUUCAUUGGCAGAUUCUCGUCGCCGAGGGCGCGCCGCUUCCACUGACCCAAGAAGAGAUUGAGGCUAAAAUCGCAGUAAGCGGGCAUGCGAUUGAGGCCAGAAUAUAUGCAGAGAACCCGGAUCAGGGAUUCAUCCCUGACUCUGGGCGACUACUCCACGUGCGCACCCCAAGAGAGACGGACGACGUUCGUAUCGACGCUGGGUUUGUGGCCGGGGACGAAGUAUCUGCGCAUUACGACCCAAUGAUUUCCAAAUUGAUUGUCCGAGGUGCCAAUCGGGAGGAAGCACUGCGCAACCUCUCAAUGGCAUUGGCAGAGUAUGAAGUUGCCGGGCCGAUCACCAAUAUUGAAUUUCUCAAAACGAUAUGCAAGAGCCCGGAUUUCGUAUCGGGGGCGGUCGAAACGGGAUACAUCGAAAAACAUCGCGAGGAACUAUUCGUCAGGGAGCCUGCUGGAGACGAAGUAUUAGCACAGAUUGGAUUGGCGAGUCUGAUAAACAGCUCAGACCCGAAGGUCUCUGGCUCAUCACUCGGAUUCAGCCCUAGUUACCAGCAGCGACAGUUCGUGUUCACCGAGCUGGUUUCGUCCGCUCCUGGAGCCACCAAUCCCACUCACGAGGUGCAAGUUUUGCAGCUCGGCAAUGGUAAGUUCGACGUGACGGUCAACGGGCGCACAUUCGAGCAGGUGAGCAGCCAAAACGACAGGGCGUCGCGACGCAUCACGUCUUUCUUCCCCCAGACGCGACUCGACACGACGGUGGUGCAAGACGAAGAGCUCAUCGUGGCCUUCCAGCGUGGACAACAGUACCGAUUCUCAGUGCCACGCAGCAAAUGGAUGGAAAAGGCGCUGGGAAUCCAGGACGCCGCUAACAGCGUGCUGGCGCCGAUGCCAUGUAAAAUCCUGAGCGUGGAGGUGCAGGAGGGGCAGGUGGUGGAGAAGGAUCAACCGCUGGUGGUAAUCGAAAGCAUGAAGAUGGAGACGGUGAUCCGCAGCCCGCAGGAUGGGACGAUUUCGCGAGUCGUGCACCGAAAGGGAGUAAGUUCUUUCUUAUCUUUUCUUAUUUGUUAUGUUCGAUGCCACUGCAUCAUUACCCCAUCCGUCCCCAGUAUAACUGGAGAGAGUAACGUCAUGACGCCAUUCUUUGACUAUUUUGACUUUGUAAAAAUUUAAUUGAUGAGGCCCCGCAAAUUAUGCUUUGGGCGGGUUUCUAGGUGGCUUCUAGGCGGCUUCUUAGCGCGUUCGAUGGAAGCUUGAUGGGCCUGGCUAACAAAGCGUGCAGGACCAAUGCAAGAGUGGUACGCCCCUAGUCGAAUUUGCCGAGACAUAAUAUUUAUUUGUUUGUUUAUUUAUUCAUUUAUUACUAUACCUAUUCGCUAUCUAUGGGCUGGACGAGGCGUGGGUAAUGUGCAUUGUUGGGGGAUUCUUUCUUUAUUGUUCUAGCUGGUCAGCUGACUGCCGACUGCGCUUACCAAUAGUUCAAAACUCGAAUGUUAGCUACCCGUAGAGCUUGCUGCCAGAGGAAAAUGAUAAAUAAUAAAAAUUGAU